AUGAGUUCUUUUUUACCUUUUCUGCGUGGUUUGGGCUCGGCGAGCUUCGGUGAAGUUGUCAAUGAUGACGAGGUCGCAAAGGGUGGAAAAUCUCGGUUGGAAGACAUUGGAGACGAAAUUGGGUUGAACAACUCCGGAGUAAUAGACGCUGGUGGAUCACUUGACGAGUCAACCAAGAUUAAUUUUCUGAAGUUCUCUGGUUGGUCUAGUAGAUCAAGAUUUACAGACACAGACGGAACUAUCACAGAAGGCAUUGUUGACGACUGGAUUGUUGUAGCAUCUUUGGGAACUUGGUGUUCCAUACAUGUGCCCAAGAAAUGGUCCCGGGCACUUUCAAAGUUGCCAUAUGGGCAAAUAUCCACAAAGCAGCCUAUAAGUAUAUCCUGA